AUGUCCACCCCUUCAGAUACAUCAGGUGGAAUGUCCCAUCCUGGCCCUUCUCCAGGGGCAGGUCUAUCUCCAGGGCCCAUCUUGGGUCCCAGUCCUGGACCUGAUCCCUCACCAGGCUCUGUUCACAGUAUGAUGGGACCUAGUCCUGGGCCUGGGACGCCUAAUGCACCUCAUGGAAUGCAGGGUCAGGGUCAAGGCGAUUACUCUCAGGACAGCAUGUAUGCUAUGCACAAGCCCAUGGAGGGGAUGAAUGACAAGAGCAUGGCUGAUGCAAUGCACUUUGGUCAUAUGAAAAAUGUGGGAAUGAGAUCUUUGCAUAGUGGUAUGGGUCCUCCUCAGAGUCCAAUGGACCAGCACAGCCAAGGAUACAUGUCCCCCCAUCCUUCCCCUAUGGGUGUCCAUGAACAUGCUUCUAGCCCCAUGUCAGGAGGUGGAAGUGGAGGAGGACCCACACCGCCUCACAUGCCUCCCUCCCAGUCUGGCCCUAUGAUGUCCAUGGACCCACAGGGAGCCCUGCCUGGCAUGAGCCAGCAGGGUCGAGGACCCUCAGCCUUCAGCCCGGUUCAGCUGCAACAGCUCCGAGCUCAGAUCCUGGCCUAUAAGAUCUUGGGCCGUGGCCAGCCCCUACCUGAAAAUCUGCAGUUGGCUGUCCAGGGAAAGAGGAGUCUUCCCACAAUGCAACAGCAGCAGCAACAGCAGCAGCAACAGCAACAGCAACAGCAACAACAACAACAACAACAACAACAACAACAGGGAUCUAGUGGUAGCCCGUACAACCGACCUCCGGGAAUGCCAAUGGCACCUACUAGUGGUCCCCAAUCAAGUCCAUGUCCUGCUCCUGCUAUGCAAGGACUCAAUCAGAGUACAGUACCCAAGCCUUGGUCUGAGGGUCAGAGUGCAGACAAUCAAAACAACCCACAGAAGCACCUGACCCCAGCUGCUGGUGGACGGCCAUCCCCCGCACCUCCUCAGACCUCUGCUGUGUCAGCUGGGCCCAUGGUGGGCAGCUCUGUGACCCCUCAGCCCCCAGGGCAGCAGGUGUCCCCUAUGCUCCAGAUGCAGCAGAAGCAGAACCGAGUAACGCCAAUUCAGAAACCUCAGGGCCUGGACCCAGUGGGAAUCCUGCAGGAGAGGGAGUACAGACUGCAGGCUCGAAUUGCACACCGUAUCCAGGAGCUGGAGAGUUUACCAGGUUCGUUGCCUCCUGAUCUAAGGACUAAAGCCACAGUGGAGCUCAAGGCACUGCGACUGCUCAACUUCCAGAGACAGCUGAGACAGGAUGUGGUGGCAUGUAUGAGGCGAGACACCACCCUGGAGACAGCCCUCAACUCCAAGGCUUACAGACGCAGCAAGAGGCAGACGCUGAGAGAGGCGCGCAUGACGGAGAAGCUGGAAAAACAGCAGAAACUGGAGCAGGAGAAGAAACGGCGACAGAAACAUCAGGAAUAUCUGAACAGUAUCCUUCAGCAUGCAAAGGACUUCAAAGAAUACCACCGCUCAGUUUCUGGAAAAAUCCAGAAACUUACCAGAGCUAUUGCAACCUGGCACACCAACACAGAGCGGGAACAGAAGAAAGAGACUGAGAGAAUUGAGAAGGAGAGGAUGAGGAGACUGAUGGCAGAAGACGAGGAAGGCUACAGAAAACUAAUCGACCAAAAGAAAGAUAAGCGUCUAGCCUACCUGCUGCAGCAGACAGAUGAAUAUGUUGCCAACCUCACCACACUGGUGUAUGAACAUAAAGUUGCUCAAGCUGCAAAAGAAAAGAAGAGGAGAAAGAAGAGAAAGAAGAAGGUGGAUGGAGACGGAGAAGGAACCAGUGCCAUUGGACCUGAUGGAGAACCCAUGGAUGAGAGCAGCCAGAUGAGUGAGCUUCCAGUCAAAGUGAUUCAGACAGAGACUGGCAAGGUUCUGCAGGGAACAGAUGCUCCUAAGUCUAGCCAGCUAGAGGCCUGGCUCGAAAUGAACCCUGGUUAUGAAGUGGCCCCACGGUCAGACAGCGAAGAAAGCGGCUCCGAAUUUGAGGAGGAGGACGAAGAGGAGCCAGUCAAAGCAGAAACAGAGGAGAAGAAGAUAAUCGAUGCCAAUGGAGACAAAGUGUCUGUGAAAGCUGCCAAGCACAUCAUCGAGUCAGCCAAGCAGGAUGUGGAUGAUGAAUACAGUGUUCCUACUGGACAGACAAGCUCCCAGUCAUACUAUGGUGUGGCCCAUGCUGUCAUAGAGAGGGUGGAGAAGCAAUCUUCACUGCUCAUCAAUGGCACACUCAAACAGUACCAGAUCCAGGGUUUGGAAUGGAUGGUGUCCCUAUACAACAACAACCUAAACGGCAUCCUGGCUGAUGAGAUGGGCCUAGGCAAAACCAUCCAAACCAUCGCCCUUAUCACCUACCUGAUGGAGCACAAGAGGCUCAACGGGCCAUAUCUCAUCAUCGUCCCUCUCUCGACAUUGUCAAACUGGGUCUAUGAACUUGACAAGUGGGCACCCUCUGUGGUCAAAAUUGCUUACAAGGGUACACCUGCCUUGCGUCGAGGGCUUGUACCUCAGCUCCGCAGUGGGAAGUUUAAUGUUUUAUUGACCACCUAUGAAUACAUCAUCAAGGACAAGCACAUUCUGGCCAAGAUUCGCUGGAAGUACAUGAUUGUGGAUGAAGGUCACCGUAUGAAGAACCACCACUGUAAACUGACCCAGGUGUUGAAUACCCACUAUGUGGCCCCCCGCCGUAUCCUCCUGACAGGAACCCCUCUGCAGAAUAAGCUGCCAGAGCUGUGGGCCCUGCUCAACUUCCUCCUGCCCACCAUCUUCAAGAGUUGUAGCACCUUUGAGCAGUGGUUCAACGCACCGUUCGCCAUGACAGGAGAGAGGGUCGACCUCAAUGAGGAAGAGACUAUCCUGAUCAUUCGUCGUUUGCAUAAGGUGCUCCGCCCAUUCCUGUUGCGCCGCCUGAAGAAAGAGGUGGAGUCUCAGCUCCCAGAGAAGGUGGAGUAUGUCAUCAAAUGCGACAUGUCAGCCAUCCAGAAGGUUUUGUAUCGUCAUAUGCAGAAAGGCAUCCUCCUCACUGACGGCUCAGAGAAAGACAAGAAGGGAAAAGGAGGAGCGAAGACCCUGAUGAACACCAUCAUGCAGCUAAAGAAGAUCUGCAAUCAUCCAUACAUGUUCCAACACAUUGAGGAAUCUUUUGCUGAGCACUUGGGCUAUCCGAAUGGCAUCAUUAAUGGGCCUGAUCUUUAUCGAGCCUCUGGGAAGUUUGAGCUUCUUGAUCGCAUCCUGCCAAAGCUCCAAGCCACGGGCCACAGAGUCCUGCUCUUCUGUCAAAUGACCACUCUAAUGACAAUCAUGGAGGACUACUUCAGCUACCGCAACUUUCAAUACCUCCGUCUAGAUGGAACCACAAAGUCUGAGGACAGAGCCGCACUGCUGAAGAAGUUUAACGAGGAGGGAUCUCAGUACUUCAUCUUCCUGCUGAGCACCAGAGCUGGGGGUCUGGGCCUCAACCUGCAGGCCGCUGACACUGUCGUCAUCUUCGACAGUGACUGGAACCCACACCAGGACCUUCAGGCUCAAGACCGGGCUCACCGCAUAGGUCAGCAGAACGAGGUGCGUGUGCUUCGCCUCUGCAGCGUCAACAGUGUGGAGGAGAAGAUUCUGGCAGCUGCCAAAUACAAGCUGAAUGUGGAUCAGAAGGUUAUCCAGGCUGGCAUGUUUGACCAGAAGUCCUCUAGCCAUGAGCGUCGGGCCUUCCUUCAGGCCAUUUUAGAGCAUGAGGAGCAGAAUGAGGAGGAAGAUGAGGUACCUGAUGAUGAAACACUUAACCAAAUGAUCGCUCGCAAUGAGGAUGAGUUCGAACUAUUCAUGCGGAUGGACAUGGAUCGACGCCGAGAGGAUGCCAGGAAUCCAAAACGUAAGCCCCGUCUGAUGGAGGAGGAUGAGUUACCCAGUUGGAUCAUCAAAGACGACGCUGAAGUAGAACGACUCACGUAUGAGGAGGAAGAGGAGAAGAUGUUUGGCCGAGGCUCACGUUGCCGCCGAGAUGUGGACUACAGUGACACACUGACUGAAAAGCAAUGGCUUCGGGCCAUUGAGGAUGGGAACCUGGAGGAAAUGGAGGAGGAGAUCCGGCUGAAAAAGCGCAAACGCAAGAGACGUCAGGACAAAGAGUCGCUGGGCAGGGAGGACAGCAGCAGCAAGGCCAAAAAGAGACGUGGACGCCCACCGGCUGAGAAACUGUCCCCCAACCCCCCAAAACUCACCAAGCAAAUGAACACCAUCAUCGACACUGUGAUCAACUACAGAGAUGGAUCAGGCAGACAGCUAAGUGAAGUGUUUGUCCAGCUACCAUCCAGAAAGGAGCUGCCAGAAUAUUAUGAGCUGAUCCGCAAACCCGUGGACUUCAAGAAGAUAAAGGAACGAGUACGAAACCACAAAUACAGGACUGUGGGAGACCUGGAGAAGGAUGUGAUGCUCCUGUGUCACAACGCACAGACCUUCAACCUGGAAGGAUCCCAGAUAUACGAGGAUUCCAUUGUCCUUCAGUCUGUAUUCAAGAGCGCCAGACAGAAGAUUGCCAAGGAUGAAGAAAGCGAGGAUGACAGCGACGAUGAUGAGGAUGAUGACGACUCAGAGGCAGAAGCAAAGUCAAUGCGGGUUAAGAUCAAGCUGAGUAAAGAGGCGCGAGGCCAUGACAAAGGCAAGAAACGGCCAAGUCGAGGCAAGGCCAAGCCAGUGGUCAGUGACGACGACAGCGAUGACGACCAGGACGAUAAUGAUCAGUCAGACAAGAGCAAGAGCGACGAUGACUGAGUGAGGACACCAGGAUUGCUGUUCAGAGCACAACACAGGAUGUUAUCUUCUAUUACUGUUGUUCACAUUCAUAUUGAUCAUUUUUAUUCCCCCAUUUGUCCUUUUUGUCUCUAGUGUAUCUGUCAUCAUCCCUCCCCUCCCCACACUAGCUUGAAAAUGUAAUAACUGUAUAAGCUACAGCAAUACCAAUCUUCAUAUAUUCCUCUUUUUAAGACAUUUUUGUAAGAUAUUUUUUUAACUUUGUGCUUUAAGGACAAUUUCACCUCUGUAUGAGUUAAAAAGGUCCUGCUAUACCUGCUUUUGCAUAAUUUGUAACUGCUCGCUUGCACUUUUAGAAAUGAAAUAUUAAUAUCCAAAAUUUUAAAAAUGCCUUUUAAAAACAUUAAACA